AACUUAACAAGUGUGCUACAGCAGAUUAGUCAUGACUGUUGCUGUUCCGGGCGAAAGUGCUAGAGAGAAAGCACUAAGUUACUACAGACGUAAACUUGUGGAACAUAGAGGAAUAGAUGCAAGGCUCAAGGAAGCUCGAGAAAAAUCCAAAGCGAUUUCGAAAGAGUACGACAAAGCAGAGAAUGAUUUGAAAGCGCUCCAAAGUGUUGGUCAGAUAGUAGGUGAUGUUUUGAAGCAGCUGACUGAUGAUCACUGUAAGUUGCUUUCUGCUCUAUAUAGCUGCUAAACUCAAUCUCCCUAUUUUGGGGGAAUUUCGUGAAAGCCGCUGUAAAAAGUUCUGGAGGAGUGACACAAAACCCCCAAUUUUUCGGGGAAAACGGCCAUUAGAUUUUGGGAAAACCCCGAAAAUUCCCCAAAACUGGGAGGUUGGGAAUCAUUUUCAUGUUUCGUUUGUCAUCACGAUUCAGACUGUUUUCUAUAAUAAUACAUUUCCAAACGUUGAAAAAUAGUGUGGCUAGUCGUAAUAUAUAUUUUCGUAGUAUCGUAAUCGGUUUUAGACAUGACAGUGCUUCCAAGCUGUCUGUCAGACAGAAAUGUGCUCAAAGCAAUUUGAAACCCAAUGGAUAAACUCAAGGUAAACACUGUUACUCAACCACCUCUUCGUCUUCCCAAAUCAGCAAUAUGACUAAAUGAGUGUGUGCACACCAUUUCUCUCCGUUGAUAACAGUGAAAGCCGUCGCAGAACAGUGCGAUGGUUUGGUCAUGUCACCUAGGGAAUUACCCCAGCCGUCAGCAUACGAGUGAUAUUGUCUUGCUGUAGAGUAACGUUACCCAAGUAAUACCCAGUCAGUCGACAAUCGGCAUUUAUUAAUAUGCUACAUAAUCAACAUUGAAAAAGACAGCAUGUGGUUGAAGUCAUCAUCGAUGAUGAGUUCCAAAAAGAUUCCCUGAUUCCGAAUAUUUAUAUGAGCAUUUGUACGAGCAUCUCUCCAUCGGAUUUGUCGAACACAAUCUUCCAUAACUGAGAGUUUGCUGUUCCUGCUUCAGAUGGUUAUCUGCCAAUUAUUGGUUCCACUGCUAUUCAUUGUUAAAGCUAGUAAUGGGCCGCGAUAUGUUGUUGGCUGUCGACGCAGUUUACAAAGCAGUAAAUUAAAGCCAGGCACUAGAGUUGCAUUGGACAUGACCACAUUGACAAUUAUGCGCCAAUUACCACGUGAAGUCGACCCACUAGUCCAUAAUAUGUCUGCAGAAGACCCAGGUUCUGUAUCUUAUGCUUCCGUUGGUGGUCUGGCUGAUCAAAUUCGUGAACUCAGAGAAGUAAUUGAACUCCCGCUUAUGAAUCCAGAAUUGUUCCAUAGAGUUGGUAUAACCCCUCCCAAAGGAUGCCUUCUUUAUGGUCCACCGGGGACUGGGAAAACUCUUCUAGCACGUGCUGUAGCAUCACAACUUGAUGUUAACUUUCUAAAGGUUGUAUCCAGUGGUAUUGUUGACAAAUAUAUUGGUGAGUCAGCUCGUCUUAUUCGAGAAAUGUUCAAUUAUGCACGAGAUCAUCAACCCUGCAUUAUUUUUAUGGAUGAGAUUGAUGCAAUCGGCGGUCGUCGUUUCACUGAAGGUACAAGUGCUGAUCGUGAAAUUCAACGUACUUUAAUGGAAUUAUUAAAUCAGAUGGAUGGUUUUGAUGCACUUGGCCAGGUUAAAAUGAUCAUGGCAACUAAUCGUCCGGAUACCCUUGACCCGGCUCUACUUAGACCUGGACGUUUAGAUCGUAAAAUUGAAAUUCCUCUUCCUAAUGAACAAGCUCGAAUGGAUGUACUAAAGAUACAUGCAGCUCCAAUAGCCAAACAUGGUGAAAUAGAUUGGGAAGCAGUUGUUAAACUAUCUGAUGGAUUCAAUGGAGCUGAUCUACGUAACGUUUGCACAGAAGCUGGUAUGUUUGCUAUACGUGCAGAGCGAGAUUAUACAAUAGAAGAGGACUUUAUGAAAGCUGUACGAAAAAUAGCCGAUGCUAAGAAAUUAGAAACAAAAUUAGACUAUAAACCAGUCUAAAUAUAGGGAUAUAUUAUUUUGCAUGCACAUUGCUGACAUAUAAAAAAGGUUAUUCAACAAGUAUUGAUUUUCAAUAAAACAAACUUUGUUUUAUUAAUCAACCUAUUAAAGUGUUUAACCAAUAAUUACUUGUAUAUUUCAGUUGUUAUGUUUUAUGUAAUACAAGGUGAAAUAGAAAAUGUAAUUUACUGGUC